UUAAACCUUCUGGAGAAUAAAACCCUGUACACGGGAGUGGAUGUAUGUAGGAAGGAAGGAACGCCUCCUUUCUCCAUGCACAAAUAAAAUGCAGAACACGCGAAUUUCCUCUUUAUGGCGAGGUGACACCUGCGGUCACCCCGGCCGGUACAAGCGGCAGGGCAGCGUCUAGCGUCUGGCAUCGUCAUCGUCAUCAUCACGCCGAAUUGACCGAGCCGCUAUAUUUCGCAUGAUUUCGCGCUAGCGUACUCUUGGUCUUGGUACUGUCUAUGCUGUCGCUUGCGGUUCAAGCGCAGCUUACACUUGGUUAUACCACGCGAUGGCUCCGAAAAAGAAAGGACCGUUCUUCUUCUUCAUGCGAGAUCUUCAGAACGAACGCAGGGAACGCAACCAACCGUGCUCUCUGGACGCCGUCCGAGAAGAAGCAGGAGAGAGGUGGAAGACGCUAACCGAAGAGCAAAGGGCUCAAUACGAAGUUAUGGCCAACGACUUUAAGGAGCGCGGAAGAGGAGCCUUACAUAACAAGUUCACGUCUGAUGGUCGCACCAUCGCCAGUGUCUUGAAAGAAGAAGAUGAAAGGAUUCAGCAGCGCCAACAAAUGAUAAAUAGUAUUCAUCGAUAUGUGGACGAUAUUGGCACAGUCGAUGAGAUUAAGAAAUGGCCAUUCUACAUUCUCUCCUUCAAUAUACUUUGUGAGGCAAAUGGAAUUUACUACCCAUUGGAAAUUGGACUUAUCGAGUACUCUAUUGAGCAGGGCUUCAUACGAGCCUUCCACAAAUUCGUCGACCCAGGACCAAUACCUCUCGGCUUCGCAAGCGCAGCAAAAGACCACAGCGAAGCCACACAUGGAAUCCCCAUCACUGGCUUUGAAGAAGGUACAACAGAUUACAGGAGCGUUGUCCGGGACCUGAUGGCAUACCUUCGGCUCCCGAUUGAUGAGCCGAACCUUCCACCGCUGUUCUGCAUGCAAGACCACAUACCACAGGCCAUUGGCUGCCUGCGGUGGCUCGAAGAACGUGGGAGGCUCAACAUGGACUUUCCAGUCUGGGACAUCCUGCCACUUCUGCGCAAGCUGCGAAAUGUGGCUGGAGAGGACAUCUCGCAUGCAGAAGCCGAGAACAUCCUUAACUCGGCCUUGUUCGACUAUGAGCAGAAGUCUCUCUGCCCUUACCAUCUGGACAUCGACAACAAGAACUGUGCCUUGGGAGAGUGUAGAAGACUUGGGUACAAAAUGUCAAACGCCCUGCUCCCCGCUUACAAAAUCGACCGCAUCAUCGACUACCAGCACCUCCCACCGAGGUUGGACCCAUCACUCAACUUCGAAGUCUCCCAGAUGAACGUGAGACCAGCUCGCAUGGUCACGUCGCGGCGGCCUCAGGGUGCCAGCGGAGACCAUGGCUCGUAUUACCAUCGGUCAAGCCACGCACCAGCACCCCUGCCAAGGGAACCCAGGCGGGUCGAGGACUACUACGCUGAACAACGGGGCCCAAGAGUGGUUCCAUCUCCGCAGCCAGGCCCUUUCCAACGCCGGUGA